AUGGACCCUGAACCAUACCCCAACGGCUACUUUGGCCGACCCGUCGUCCCCUCAGCUGCCACCUCGGCCAAUGUCACGCCCCUGCGCCCCGGCACGCCCAACACGGACGGCAGCCGGAAUCCCUUUGGCGACAACGACACGGCCUCGUCGCAUCGUCCUGGCGCAAGCACCAAUACCUUUGGCAGCCCGGAUGCCUCCCGGCCACCCUCGAGCUACGGAUCCUCGAGCGCACUGGGCCAGCGCCUCGAGGAACGCUCCCAGCGCUAUUUCCACUCGCGGAGAGUCAAAAAGGGCGACGCCGAGAAGCCGUGGCUCGACAAGAGGGAUCCCAAGGAGAAGUGGGUCACCAUCUUGCCCAUUGUCGGCAUCCUGAUCGGCCUCGCCGUCUCGGGAUUCCUUGUUUGGGACGGCAUCCGCAGCGUCGUCCGGCACAAGUACUGUCCCGUCAUGGACGACAGCUUUGACGCUGGCUUCAACACCAACAUCUGGACCAAGGAGGUGGCCGUCGGUGGCUUUGGAAACGGCGAGUUUGAGCAGACAACGAGCAAUGACGAAAACGUCUUUGUACGUGACGGUAAGCUCGUCAUCAAGGCAACGCUCCAGGAUGCCGAAAAGGUGGAAAAGGACAAUGUCAUCAACCUGCUCAAGGACGGAUCCUGCACGUCCAAGGACUGGUACAGCUGCGUGGCGGCGACCAACACGACGGCCGGCAACUCGAGCGUUGUGCCGCCCACCAAGUCGGGCCGCAUCAACACCAAGAAGGGAGCCAAGAUUCGGUACGGACGGGUCGAGGUGACGGCCAAGCUGCCCGAGGGCGACUGGCUGUGGCCCGCCAUCUGGAUGAUGCCAGUCAAGGACACGUACGGCAGCUGGCCGUCGUCGGGCGAGAUCGACAUCAUGGAGUCGCGGGGCAACAACUGGAGCUACGCCCAGGGCGGCAACGACAUCGUGUCAUCGGCCCUGCACUGGGGGCCAGACUCGGCCAACGACGCGUGGUGGAAGACCAACAACAAGCACCGGGCUCUGCACACGACGUACAGCAAAAGCUUCAACACGUUUGGCCUCGAAUGGUCGCAAAAGUACCUCUUCACCUACGUCAACAGCCGGCUGCUGCAGGUGCUCUACACCAACUUUGACAAGCCCAUGUGGAAGCGCGGCGGAUUCCCCGAGUCCAACUCCAACGGCACGCGGCUGGCCGACGUUUGGAGCCAGACAAGCCGCGACAACACACCCUUUGACCACGACUUCUACCUCGUCAUCAACCUGGCCGUCGGCGGCACCAACGGAUGGUUCGAGGACAGCAAGUCGGGCAAGCCGUGGCUGGACCGCUCGAACAGCGCCAAGAAGGACUUUUGGAAGGCGCGCGACGCGUGGUACCCGACCUGGACUCAGCCUCAGCUCGAGGUGAGCCGCGUCGUUAUGAUGCAGCAGUGUGACGGCAAUGAGGAGCUGUAG